GGAAGAACCCAAUUGACAAGAAAAUCUUAGGCCCAUUAUGGGCCCAUUUGAAGAUGAGAAAAAGAAGAAAGAGAGUGACAGAUGUGAGCAGAAAUGGAGAGCAGCCAAAAAUUAAGGCGUUGAAAUAUCAACAAGAGUUUAAAUUUGAUAUUGUUUAUAAAUACAAUAUUUGAUACAGAGCAAAACGCGGUUGAAUCUCCUUCACUCUAGCAUGGCAUGUGACUCGGAACCCUAAAACAAACUCCAAAUCCCAUUACACCAGGUGUCCUUCAUUCCAACAUUUGACUCUCCACGUGCCUUCACUCACAAGCUUCUUUAACGUACCCUGUCACUUUCAUUUCACUGUAAGAGAAGAUGUUCCAGGAAAUGAAAGAUCGCUUUUUCUUCUUUCUCAUUAAGAGAAUGCAUAAAUCUUUGUUUUCAGGUAGAGUUGAAUUGAAAGCAAAAGCAAGUUCUAGACUCCCUGGUAAUCUGAUUUAUUUAGAUUUUAUUGGGGUUUAUAAAAUGUGCAAUUUUGUACAUUAUAAUUAAAUAAGGUAUGUCACCUUCUUUCUAGGGAUUUCAAGUGAUUUUUCUUUUUUACCAAUUUUUUUUUUUUUUUUUCCUAUUCUGUUCUUAUUCAUCAUUUACAAGUUUCUCUGUUUUGUUUUUGUUGUUAGUUUUUGCUUGCUUCAUCGAAAUUUAGGUUCCAUAGUUAGAAAUGGUACUAAAUUUUGCAUCAAAGAGUGUACAGCUUAUAUUACCUUAUGCACUCUCUUCUUCUUCUUCUUCUUCUUCUUUUUCUUCUCCAAAACCAGUCUCUUUUAUUUCUUCUUCUUUGUUGACAACUCGUACUAGAAGAAACUCGUCUCCGUUAUUCCGAAAUAGAGUGAAGAAUUGGAGUUUUGGGGUGUGUAAUUCUAGAGGUAAUAGUCUGAAGCGAUCUUGCAGUUUUGAGUUUGAUGAAUUUCCCGAAGAGGAGUUAUUUAAAAUGAUUGAAGGUUUGGCAGAAAAGUUUGAUGUUACUGAUGAUGAAGAAGAAGAAGAAGAAAAUGAUAAGGACCCAGGCUAUGGUAGAACAGAAGUUUCUUGCAACGCAAGUCAAAAACAACCUGAAAAUGGUCAAAAAGUGAAGAUUUCAACACAAUUUAUGCCUUCACAGUUUGAAUUUCUUGAGCAUAAUUUGCUCGGCAUCCAUCCAGAGCCGGAGCACUGGCCGGAGAGAGAUGAGAUUAAUAGAGUGAACAUUGAACAGAAAGCGAACUGCGUUGGCAUCCCUUUGUCACUGAAGAUGAUAAAAAGAAAACAGAAACGGCAACAGGGUUUUGGGGAUGCUGGGGAUUUUGCAUAUUGUUCUGUGAAGAAGGCAUUUUCUUCAUUAGUAUUCAUUAUUAGAGAGCUUCAGAACUAUGCCUUAAAUAUAAGGGCGAGCCUUUAUUCUGAAGACUUAAAGGAGAUUAUGAGUAAAGUCCAAAGAGAAAUGAAUAUAUCGUUUGUUUGGCUCUUCCAACAAGUUUUUUCGCGAACGCCCACUUUGAUGGUCUAUGUAAUGAUUCUUUUGGCUAAUUUUACUGUCCAUUCAAUGAGCAAUCACACUGUUAUUGCCACUACUUCACCCUCAAGCUCGUCUUGCGAGACCAUCUCAGAAUCCGAGAUUUAUAAGCUAUUGGAAGACUCAAAUUCUGAUGUGGGCAACAAUGGUGGUGGCAUAAAAGUGAGGCCGACUGUCGCUGGAACAGAAGGUGGAAAUGUCCAUAUGCGCAGAUCCUCACUUUUUGUUGAACAGCCUAGAGUUCUUACUGAUGAAAAUUAUGAGGCAAAUCAUGAUAUGACUGAAGAGGAGGUAGAAUUGUGGAACUCUAUGGUGGAAGAAGCCUCAAGAAUGCAAGAGGAAUCAAGUCUUGAGGUUCUUGAUACCGGGACCAAGAAGCUUUUUGUAACCCCAAUAACAGUGAAGCUCGAACCAGAAGAUUAUGUGGAUUAUUUUAGAACAGAUCUCCUCUACCAGAUGGGCAUAGCUGAGGAGCCAAAUAAUUCACUUCUGCUCACAAAUUAUGCUCAGUUGCUUCAUCUUGUCGCUCAAGACUACAAUAGGGCAGCAGAGUGCUACAAGCGAGCAGUCCAAAUAGAACCGCUGGAUGCCGAGGCAUUGAGUAAAUUUGCCGACUUCCUGUGGAAAACAAGGAAUGACCUUUGGGGUGCUGAAGAGAGAUACUUACAAGCAAUGGCAGCUGAUCCAAGCAACGCUUAUCAUGCUUCAAAAUACGCCACUUUUCUGUGGAGCACCGGCGGUGAAGAUACAUGUUUUCCUCUCCCCAAUUGACACUACAGAAUUUUUGUGAUGCCAUAAGGAUGAUGCAUCCUAAAAGAAAAUUAUUACCAUGUCAGUAUCCUAAUCACUAGGGUAAAAAAAAAAAUUUCCUGGUUUUUUGUUUUAUUGAUUUGUAAAAACAAUUCAUGAGUUAUACACAAAUAAAAAUCACUGAUAUCCCUUUUGAAGGUAG